AUGCCUCCAUUUUCAGAUUUCAUUGUCAUUGUAAAUUACCACUCACAAAUGGUAUAUUGUAUAUUUGUUGUUGAACAUUUGGCUAGCUUUAUUCUAGCAAUUGUGAAUGAUGCAUUUUAUGUGAUGAACUGCUAUGAAAUGAAUAUUUUACAAAAUGAUUAUUAUAUACAUGAUUAUUCCAUCCAUUUGGCUGUAAAAUUCAAUAUGAAUGAACAUUUUAACCAAAGUUAUAUAAAUGAUGCAUUAACAUGUACAAUUAAUAAGAAGCUGGUAGGAGACAAUAAGAAGGACAAUUCAAUGAAUCUUUAACAGACUUUAUUGUUUAGAGAUACAAUGUAAUAUAUAUAACAUAUUGAUCAAUCCUUACAUGGACGAAAACAUUCAUUCAAUACAUGUUAAAUUAAAGGUGCAGCAAAGAUGAGUUGAGAGUGUCAGUGAACAGUAACUUUGUUCACAUUCCAGUUCAUGCCGGCUUUGAACACUUAUUUUUGAACAUUGCAUUAAUAUAACAUCAUUUCUGAAUAAUCCUCCAAUUUUUAGGGUUAAUUUUGAAAAGGUUGAUGCCCUCUUUUCGAUUUUAUCUAAUGAUACGGCUGAAUUUGGACAUUGUUGCAUCUUAUAUUUAAUAGCUUUCAUAUUUGAUAAGGUUUAUUUUAUAUAUAUCUGCUGUCUUCGGAUGUAAGAGAAACAAUGGCAUGUUUUUUUUGAAAAAAUGCUUCAAGCAGUUUAUACAUUUGAUGGUCUUUGCUGCCACUUUAAUAUACUGUAUUCCAUUCCACACAAAUAUUUGUACUUACUACUUACCCUCUUUCUCCCCAAAUAAAAUCACAUUUGUGUCUAAAUUAUGAAUGUGACAGUUUGCUGAUAAGAUUAUAAGUGUUACUUCCUGGUUA